UCCAACAUUUCCCACCGGUCUCUUCUUCAAGCUCUGGAGUUACGAUGGUGACAACUGAUGAAGGCAAAGCUGCUCGGAGCCCCAGCGAGCACGAAAGCCGUGCCUCAUAAACAUUCAAAUUAAGAAAAAUGUGCGGGGAUGCAACAAAUUGGGACGAAGAAGCGUACAGGGAGAGCAUAUUGAGGGAAAGAGAGAUCCAAACCCGAACCGUGUUCCGAACCGUUUGGGCUCCUUCCUUAAACCCUAAUCCGGAAUGUGUCGUCGUCGCCUCCAGCGAUGGUUCGAUCGCUUCUUACUCCGUUUCCUCUUGCGUCUCCAAACUCCCGAUUGGUUUUUGCAGUGCUAGAGCUCAACGGCUGUUACCGGCUGAGCCGGAGGGAUUCCUUGAAGGGCAUGAUGGACCGGCGUAUGAUGUGAAAUUCUACGGCAAUGGGGAAGAUUCUUUGUUAUUAAGUUGUGGUGAUGAUGGUAAAAUUAAAGGAUGGAGGUGGAAGGAGUUUACUGAAUCGGAGGUGCCUAUUACCUUCCAAGGAAAUCAUAUGAAGCCAGUUCUUGACUUGGUCAAUCCCCAACAUAAAGGUCCAUGGGGUGCUCUCUCUCCAAUUCCUGAGAAUAAUGCCAUUGCUGUUGAUCCUCAGGGGGGAUCUAUUUUCUCUGCUGCUGGUGAUUCCUGUGCAUAUUGCUGGGAUGUGGAGAAGAGUGAAAUCAAAAUGGUUUUUAAGGGGCACUCAGACUAUUUGCAUUGUAUAGUGGCCCGUGCCUCUUCCAAUCAGAUUAUCACUGGUUCAGAGGAUGGGACUGCACGAAUAUGGGAUUGCAAAAGUGGAAAGUGCAUUAAAGUAAUUGACCCGCUGAAGGACAAGAAGUUGAAGGGACUCAUCUCCUGUGUUAGCUGCAUUGCUCUAGAUGCAAGUGAGAGCUGGUUGGCUUGUGGCAGUGGUCGGAGCUUGUCAGUCUGGAAUCUCCCUGCGUCUGAAUGCAUUUCAAAUAUAUCCAGCCGUGCAUCUAUGCAGGAUGUAGUAUUUGAUGACAAUCAAAUAUUAGCUGUUGGUGCAGACCCUGUACUCACCCGUUUUGAUAUGAAUGGAAUGAUACUUUCACAGAUACAAUGUGCUCCUCAAUCAGCAUUUUCAGUCUCAUUGCACCCAUCUGGUGUUACUGCAAUUGGCGGUUAUGGGGGUCUUGUAGAUGUCAUAUCACAGUUUGGAAGUCAUUUGUGCACAUUCCAUAGCCAUUGUGUUUGAAAGUCACAGAGAUAUACCACAAUCUGGGGGUGGCCAUGAGAACUGAGAAGCCUGCUAAAGAUUAUAGAGCUGAAACAUGUGUUUGAACAGCAUGCCAUAAUCCUCCAAUAGAUUAGCAGGAACACAUAAAUUAUAAUGAUUUGUAGAGGUAAUUACAUUUUGAAUUGCCCAUAAAAUGAUUAUCACAUGUUUUGUGCUGCCAGAUUUAAGUGAGUACAAUGUUGUUGUCAUUUUACUUGUGAAACUCUGUAUCAGAUAAAUGUGGUUACAGUUUGCAUGCACUUUAAGCAACAUGGCAUGAAUACCUUUGGUAUCUAA